AUUUGUGGGUGAUCGAUGCUGCCUAGCUAGCUAUUCUUAGCCAUGUGUGAGUGUGUGACUGACCCUCAAACGCUGCAUGAUGUGCAACGUACUUCGCAUGCCUUCGACGGCGGCCAAUCUCUUGUGACCGAUUCUUUUUUGCAGGAUCAGUACUAGGGUUCUUGGGGAACCAAUUUGAUCGGAGAAAACAUCUAUCGAUCGAUCGACCUCCCCAUCCUCGGCCUCCUCUUCGGCACCAUGGUCGUCUCCAUCUUCCUGGAGCGCGCCGACAUGUUCAAGUACCUCGGCAACAUGCUCUCCUGGAAGAGCCGCGGCAGCAAGGACCUCUUCUUCCGCGUCUGCGUCGUCUCCGCCGUCGCCAGCGCGCUCUUCACCAACGACACCAGCUGCGUCGUCCUCACCGAGUUCAUCCUCAAGGUGGCGCGCCAGAACAACCUCCCGUCGCAGCCUUUCCUCCUCGCGCUCGCCUCCAGCUCCAACAUCGGCUCGGCUGCCACGCCCAUCGGCAACCCGUAGAACCUCAUCAUCGCCGUCGAGAGCGGCAUCACGUUCGGCGAGUUCCUCCUCGGCGUCUUCCCGGUGAUGAUCGUCGGCAUCCUCGCCAACACGUGCAUCCUCUACUUCUGGAGGUACCUCUCCGCCGAGCGUGACCAGCUCGAGGGCGGCGUCGCGCAUGAGUUGAAAUUAUAAUUACAUAAUGAUUUAAUUUAUUCUAUAAAUAAAUCAUGACAUUGCAGAUGUAAACUAGCAUCAACGCAUCAUUAGAUCUACACAUGUAAAUUACAUAGUAUAACAUGAACAGAUUAAAUAUGCGCAAUAUAUUGAACAUGUACCGAGAUUGCGGAAAGACCGGUUGCUCGGCAGGAACUACUCGCGGUUGCGGGCGUCGACGAAGGUGCGUAGCACGCGAACGGAGAGGAAGACGAGCCGUCGCAGGCGAACAGGGUGCAGUCGUGCAAAGCGCUUCCCAAAAACUUUAUUGCCGCCUUUCCCUUGUGCAGGACGUCGAAGGCAGAGGUUCCGGAGACCUACUCUCAUGAUCGCCGGUGCACGCCAGCGAACGGGAUGGAGUAGUCUA